ACUGUUUCUGUGAAGUCAUGUGAGCACAGGGGUCCUCCCUCUCUGCUGAUAUAAAACCGCUCUGCUGCCUCCUCAGCUUCAGAGAUCUUUGUGAAGCCAGCAGGUGAACAACAGGGAACUAAUAAACUGCUGUCAAGCUGUUACCAUGGCAACGAAUACCAACAAAUCAACUAAAUAUGACAACAUCAGCUGCAAAGUUUUGAUCAAUUCAGGAUCUCCCACUCACUACCAGCUGACACCAAAGAAAGAGAACAUUGGAUCUCUAAGAAGAAUGACUUUUGGUGAAAGAAAUGUGAACAAGAUAAACAAAACCAUCUUGCUUGUGGGUGAAACAGGAACAGGAAAAUCUACUCUGGUCAACGCUCUGGUCAACUACGCCAUGGGAGUGAAGUGGGAGGACGAUGUCUGGUUUCAGAUCGUAGAGGACGUAGAGGACGAGAAGAGAAGUCAGUCAGAGAGUCAGACAUUAGAUGUGAUGGUGUACCAGGUCUUUGGUUUUGAAGGUGAAACUCUGCCCUACUCUCUGACCAUCAUCGAUACUCCUGGAUACGGAGACACCAGAGGAACUGAACAUGACGUCAUCGUCAGUCAAAGACUAUUAGACUGGUUCCGCUCAGAGGACGGAGUUCAUGAGAUGGAUGCAGUGGGUCUGGUGCUGAAAGCAACUGAGAAUCGACUGAGUGACCGACUGAGGUACAUCUUUGAUUCAGUGGUGUCUCUGUUUGGAAAAGACAUGGAGAAGAACAUUGUUGCUCUCAUCACACACUCAGAUGGAAGAAAACCUAAAAAUGUUCUGAAAGCUCUCGGAGAUGCAAAAAUGAAAUGUGCCAGAAAUGAAAAGAAUCAGCCUGUUUACUUCCUUUUUAAUAACUGUCUGGAUGAAGACAGGACAGAGGACACAGAAACCCUUAAGAAUGCAGAUGAAAUAACAACAAGAGGAAUGAGACAGUUCACAGAGUUUCUGAAAGAAACUGCACCUCAGAAGCUGGAAACAACCGUGCAUGUUCUGAACGAGCGAAUCAGACUGGCAGCCUGCAUCCACAACCUGCAAGAGAGAUUUAAGUUCACUGAACUAAAACAGAGAGAAAUCCAACAGACUCAGGAAGCUCUGAAGAAACAUGAAGAAGAGAUGAAGAGAAAUGAAGAGUUCAGUGUACAAGUUGAUGAGAUCUACAAAGACAAAGAAGAAAUCGAUGGUGGAGGGAGGUGGAGGUUGUUUUUUUAUGAAGGAGCUGUCUGCUGUAAAGUCUGUGAGGAGAACUGUCACUAUCCUGGAUGCACACUGGCCUGGUAUCCUAAACACUGUGAGGUCAUGAAAGAUGGCCGCUGCACUUCAUGUACCAGGAAGUGUCCUGUAUCAGAUCAUGUGAAAGAAAAGUGGAUCUAUGUGGACAAGACAAGGAAAGUUCAGAAGACCCUGCAAGAUGUGAAAGAGAAGUAUGAAAGAGGUAAAACUGGCUGUGAGGAGACAACAAGCCUUUUGGAAACUUUAGAAAAGCAAAUGGAAAAACUUCAGAAAGAUAAAGAUCACUUGUUGGAAAAGUCCUUUGAACAUGUUGUCAGACUGGAGCAGAUCGCCCUGAAUGUUAUCUCACUGUCCACUCAUGUCCACUUGGACUUCCUGAUUGAGAAGAUGAAGGAGAAAGGAGACGCAGAGAAGGUCCAGAAACUGGAAGAGAUGAAAAUUCAAGUGGAUAAAGGAGUUGUAGCAGCGCUGCGGUACAGGUUUGGUCAGCUGAUGGCAGCUGUAAAGCAGUGAUGUAGCAGGUGAACACCAUCAGUGUGAGCAGCAGCUGUGUAGAAAACAAGCUCUACACUGUUGAUCCAGAUGUUUAAACAUCACAAAGCGAGGAGUGAGGACGCCCCCUGGUGUCUCAUGCUGAGUACAACAGCUCCCUCCCUCACAUCACUAAAUUGGACUAAAUCCAUUUAUGUUUUCUCUUCUAAUCAUGUUUUCUCCACUAUGAUUGUGUUUGUGCUUGUAUGAAUAGACGUGUCUUAUAUAUCCACCAUGAUGUCACAAUGUUGAAGCUGUUGGGAAACUAAAGUGAACUCAUUAUAAAGGAGUUUAGCCUGGAGGGGGGUUGAAACCUCUUCCUGUGUUCUGAGAGUGUAAUAAUAUAUCUUAAUAUCUUUCUCAAUAAUAAAGAAGAUUACAGUUAAUGUGUGUUGUAUCAAAGUCCUAUAAGAGCUGAGGACAGACUGCCUCUCCUCAGUCACACCUGUGUAAUGCUGAUGAUGCUCUGACCUGCAAACAAUAAAGAUCUGCUGACAUUAUGAA